AUGAACGCGCCUCACGAGGAGGCGGCUGAGUUCGCGAAGCAGAGCAAGCGCGAGAACCGCGUCUACGUCGGCAACCUCAGCUACGACGUCAGGUACCGAGACCUCAUGGAGUUUAUGCGGGGAGCUGGGGAAGUGCUUUUCGCCGAAGUCCUCGUGACUCCGACUGGGGUAUCUAAGGGUUGCGGCAUUGUGGAGUUUGCCUCUUCCGAGGACGCACAGCGCUCCAUCCGGGAACUGUCGGAGCAAUUGCUUCUUGGUCGACCCGUAUUCAUUCGUGAGGAUCGCGAGCAUGAAUCGCGUUUCGGAGCCACGCCUGUCCCCGGUAAAAUCGGCAUGGCAAUGGCCGGUCAAGGGCUCAACGCGGCCCCUCCCCCUCGCCCGCCGUCCCACAACUACUUCAACCAGUCCGCAAACCCGGGCAACCAGCUCUACGUUGGCAACCUGCCCUAUCAAGCGGGCUGGCAGGACCUCAAGGACCUCUUCCGGUCUGCAGGCAACAUCAUCCGCGCCGACAUCAAUAUCGGGAUGGACGGACGGCCUAAGGGUUCAGGUACCGUCAUUUUUGAGACCUCCAAGGAUGCUCAGCAGGCCAUCAGCAUGUACAAUGGCUUCGACUGGUAUGGCCGCGCGCUCGAGGUCCGCGAGGACCGCUACGCUGGUCUCACCGGCCCCGGUUCGUACCGUGGCGCCCUUCGCGGCGGUGUCCGUGGCGGCGGGCGUGGUGGCUUCCGCGGGAGUCUCCGAGGGGGUUUCCGCGGCGGGGCGUACGCCGGUGGGGCUGGCGGCGGGCGCGACUUCUCUAGUCAGGACAUCUACGCCGACUACUCCGGCCCCGACCAGGGCGACAUGCGUGGCAUAGGCGGCGGAUUCGGUGACGCGGCCUACGGCGGUGGUGGCGCAGCGUACGGUGGCUUUGACGCUGAGCCUAGCCAGCAGAUCAUGGUCCGCAACCUCCCAUGGUCUACCGCGAACGAAGACCUUGUCGAGCUCUUCGAGACAACAGGCACGGUCGAACUCGCCGAAAUCCUGUUUGAGGGUGCCCGCUCGAAGGGCUGCGGCGUCGUCCAGUUCGCCCAGAUCCCCGAGGCGGAGACCGCCAUUGCAAAAUUCCAGCAGUACAUGUACGGUGGACGGCCGUUAGACGUCCGCUUCAACGACCGCUGGCACACGUUCACGCCCAGCGCCGCGAAAGGCGGGCAGGCUAUGCCCAUACAGACCGACGUUGCCAUGUGA